GAAAAGAAAACAUCGUAGAAUGCACCCUGAGCAGUUAGCUGCAACCUUGAGUUUCAACCGUCUUUCACUCGCCUUGCCACUGCAGUAUCGACUGAUGUGCAGGCGAGCAAUGCGAUUGUAGCCCCCUCGCAGAAGAAAUCGAAAUGACAUGAUAGUUCAGACCUGUUCAACAGAUCAGCUCGAAUCGUUGAUAUCUGUCAUUGCACAGCGGUGGCAGUCGCCCCCCAGUCCAUCCCAGCAGCUGCAGCAUCCAUGUCCGCUGCCAGUCGAUCACUCGGGACAAUGUUUCCUUUUGCUCCCCGAUCAUCGAUGCUGGGAGAUUCUAACGGUCCUGUCUCAUUCGGCAGGAUUAGCCUUUGCAGAAGUACGGGUCCCUUCCGUCUGUCCGUCCAUUGCUCUUUGCCGUGUGAAUACGAUGUGCCUGCUCUACCCGAGCCCUCAAUGUAUGAGCCCAUGUAACGGAGCACUCAGGGGCUUUGCCAUUGCCUGUCCAAACCCUAACGCCGCUUACGCCUCCAAACAGGCCGAUUGUGCAGUUGAUGGCUCCGUUAUUUCUGGCUUAAACUCAGGCCGAUCCGAUCCAUCGGGAGUGGCACCCCCCCCCUUGGUCUGAUCUUGCAUAACUUGCAACAUAUUUGACCUUCCAAGCCCUCGCCCUGAAUCCUAGUGGGUUGCCCCAUCAUACAAGGUCUCACUCUUUUUUCCAAGGCCAUGUUCAAU